UCUCGGGGUUGGUUCUGUCCGUGUUGGCGUCACCUGCUAGCUCAAGCUGUCAAUGCAUUCAAAAUAGGUAAAAGUUGAGUUCUGCGAGCGCCACGCCAAAUAUUAACUAAAUCGGCAUUAUUUUGAGAGGUAGAGCAUGACUUCGGACCCACUCUUUCGGCCCUGCAAAUAGUCUGUGGAGGACGUGAUUUUGGAUACUGCGAGUGGACUGCCGCUUGCUUGCUAUUUGGCUGGCUGGCUGGCUGGCUGGCUGGCUAGCUAGCAUACCCUGCUAGCAGUCUAAGUUUGUGAAGUAAAGGGAGAAGACGGCAGUAAAACAGGAUCAAGAUCUGCUUACAUAGACUUAUGCGACUGAAAUCAGUCUUUGUCAAAUUCUGCAUCAAAUUCUGCUUCAUGACUAUUUAUGUUACAAGCAUUACAUGUUGACUUUGGCCAUAAAUUUUUCUAAGUGGGAAUAUUUUAUGGAUGAUACUAAACCAACAGCCAAAACCAUUGUUUGAAUCCCUGAUUCAAGAUUUUUUGCUAUUAUUUGCUCUUUAGGUCUUGCCAAACCAGAAGGUUCUGAGUAAUGCCUUACCGUUCCUGAAAACAGACUGAUCAUGCAUAAUGGUGGAAUUCUAUAAAUUCCAUGGGGUAUUUAGUUUCCUUACAGCAAGUGAUGGAGACAAGAGAGCUGUCUGUGGUGGCUGGAAGCUUCAUUGGAUUUCAGCUGAUGUUCUCCGGCAUGAGUCCAUUAGUGUCAUCUACCUUAACACAGGGCUAUGGCAAACUUCCCCCUCAAAAGCUCACUGAGUGGAACUCCAGGCUCGUGUCCACUGUCCAUGCACUCAUCGUGGGCCUUUUCUGCCUCUAUAUCUUGUGGUUCGACGACGCCGUCAACGCAGACCCCGUCUGGGGAGACCCCAAUUUGGUAAAGCUCAAUGUCGCGAUUACUUGUGGCUACCUGCUUUAUGACUUGUUGCUGCUGGCUUGCAACUGGAGCACCAUGGGAGACAGCUUUUUUGUGUGUCACCACUUGGCGGCGCUCUAUGCAUAUGGAUAUGUGCUGACACGUGGAGUGCUUCCAUAUUUUGCCAAUUUCCGUCUUAUUUCAGAACUAUCAACACCAUUUGUGAACCAGAGGUGGUUCUUUGAAGCACUGGCCUACCCUCGUUCUCACCAGCUGGUGGUAGCUAAUGGUGUGGCUAUGGCUGUUGCCUUCUUCCUAGUGCGCAUCGCCGUGAUGCCCCCUUACUGGGCCAAGGUCUUUGGCACCUUCGGCACACCAGCUUUCGAGAGCCUGGGCCUCGGAGCCCAGGUGGCCUGGAUCAUGUCUUGCGUGUGCCUGGAUGUCCUCAAUGUAAUCUGGAUGUACAAAAUCGCCCGUGGCUGCUACCGGGUCAUUACCGGCUCAGGGGGAAAGAAGAAAGGCAACAAGGUGGGCCCAGCUGAGCCAAACCACAUCAACAACCACCUGGACUGAACUGGGGAGAAGGGAGGGGGUUGAGGUCCAAAUGGAGAGUCGAUGCCAUUGUGGCCCACAGUUUCAGAAAGUCCCCCCUGCUGGACCAGGAAACAGUAACUGCUGCGUAUUGGCCAACAUGAUCUAACAUAAACAACUGAACUGAUUCUUGUUUCACUAGGGAAUGUGUUUACGGAGUCCAUGAACCUACGUGGUAUUCUCCCCAAGGUUCUCUGUUGCUCUCUUUGCUUACCCAGGGUUGCUUGAGCAUCAAGUGGUAACAAACGUCCCCAGGCAUUCAGUAUGGACCCACAGCAAAAAGCCUAGUCCACUCAAGUGCCUCAGAACACAAGGACAAGCAAUAGAACAUGGGGUUCACCAACCUAGAUCUAUGAAAACUCGAGUUCUCACAGCUCAUUGUUGGAGUUCUUUCUUGUCAGUCAUCCAGCAGAUCUACCACCUUCUGUCCCAGGGUGGCAUUUUAGAGGUCUUCCUGUUUCCUGUACAUGGUGAACAGAGACCCACACCAAGGUGCCUCUCAUCCACAGAUUUUGGAACUCUUCUAUUCAGACAUCAGUUUGGCAGGAUUUGGAUGGAGCAUGAGCUUUCUCUGUAGCUCUCCACCUUCAUUUUAAUGCCCCUUUAUUUGUGUUUCCCUGCCUCCAUUCUGCUGAGAACCAUGGAUGGCUCAUGUGUCUCUUUAGUCUGGCUACACUGCACUCAUGUCCCCUUCAGAAUCUGCAGGUCCAAUCCAUCCACCGUUAAAAUCUCAACUCUACCUCUACCUCUCCUCCCUCUCGUCGAGGCUACUGUCAUAGCAGCAGUCCACACCAGGCACCCCAAAAAACCCCAGCAGGAUCUCAUCAUGGUAUCAGGCACCGAACAAUGUUCUGUCCUAAUCUGCCACACUAACAAUAAGACUCCCCACCUUCAGCAUCAUGGUCCGCACCUCCCUGGAAGCCUGCUUUCCUUGCACAGCACAGCUGGUCUCUGUCUUUCUGGAUGCGAGGAACCAAAUGAGGAGUCGUGCAGGUAUCUUCACCAGUGCCCCAAGGUGUUGCUCAUUUCACCGUGGGCAUCUCCACAGGCAUGGCUGCAUCAUGCUUCUGAUAUCUGUGAAGAUGUAUUAGAUGGUAUUCAUUUGCAGUAUUGUGUAAAGCAGAAGUGUAUUGAGGCUUGUUUUUCAGCCCAGUACUAGAAAUCUCUUUCUGCUUCAGUAAUGUAUUUAGAGGGUUUUUAUUUUUUAUUCUGCCUGCUAGUCAUCCAGACUCUGCUCCAAACCCACACUAUCAAUGGGACUUCUGCCUCACCUUCAGCUUUUCCCGUAUCUGAGCUGCUGUUCUCUGUAAGCUCAUAAAUUAUUCCGCUUUUCAUUGGCUCACUUUUUUCAUUGGCUUGCUAAUUAGUUUUUAAAACUAAUAAGACUAAUAAGCUGUGGACUCAGUAAGUGGCAUUUUGUAAUGUCAAAAAGUGAAGAUAUGGGUUUCUACUUGUGAGUUGUUGCUUUGUACUGUCAAAAUGGCUAUGUUUUAUUCUCUGUGGUGCUUGUCUUAACAGCCUGUGCAUCUAAAUGGUAUGUCUCCUUCAGUCACCCGAAGUCAAGGCACGAUUGCACAAACACACUGUACUGUUUGUUCAGAAUGUAUUAAGUAGGGAUGCACAGAUAAUUGGUAUUUUCAUGUGCAUAUCCUGAUAAAAUAUUUAUAUCUUAUGUAACGUUUAAGCAUAAACAGCGACAGUAAUUCAUAAAACUGUAUAAAUGCAGCAGUUUUCCCAUGCAGAUUUUGUUUACAAUAAUAUGAUAGCAGAAGCAUGAAAUAACUAUAAUAGGGCCAACUGCACACCUCCUCAGUGUCGUGGUGAAUUAAUUAGCCGAACAUAUGGUGAAAUUAAUUUGCCAUGUCAGUGACUUUAAAUAUCCAUAUCUUGUGAUUGUAAGACCUUAACUGCUGAAAACACUAGUGUGUAAAUGAUCAUGCUUAGGGUUCAGGUCAUUGGCCACCACAACUCAUUAUUGAGCACAUUGGCCAGGCUUAGCCCUUGUUAUUUCUGUGCAUUUGGAAAGUUAUACACUCGGAUGAGUGCCUCCCCUCACUCAUUUGAUAAAGUGAAAAUGUGUGGAACUAACAUUUUCUGCCUUGUUUCCCUUUGUCUCACUGUUUAAUGUAGUACUUUUUCCAGCCAAGUAUUACUAAAAGAGGGAUUUUUCUCAGAAACAAAACCAAGCUCAUAAGAGAAUGUGAUUUUUAUGACACCUGGAAUUAUAUAUGACUGGACAUGCGAAAGUGAGGUUAAAAGGUCUUGAUAAAUAGGUCUGGGGUGGACAUCAUGAGAAUGUUUGUUUGUUCUUGCCUUAUGUCCACAUCUGCCGCUAACCAAAUACUCUCGCAAGCCUUCAGUAUUUAAAGAUAUGAUGAGAUUUUUUUUGUUUUGUUUUUUGAGAGAGAGAGAAAGACAUUUUAAGAUGUAAUGACAAUUGGAAUCUGUAAUUACAAUGUAAUUAUGUCUCAUGAGGCUGUCUGAAGUGAGCUAUGGUUUGUGGUUCUGUGAAUGGAGGUACCAGAUAUUUAGCAUUCACAAUACGACAUCCAAACAGCUGUUGCAUUCUGGGAUGGAUCCAGUGGCACCCAGCUCACAGUGGGACUUUUUUUUGGUUGAUCUGUGUUACCACAGCAGAGCUGCUCAGAAUAAAUAGCGAGUUAAGCCCCUUUGUCUGGAUAAAACCACAAAUGACUGCUAGAGAUAGUGUUACUUUCUGUACAAUUAUAUAGACAAUGCAUCAAUGAUAUGAAACAUUUUAUAGUAUUUGGAUUGUAGUAUUGUAAGACAGUUUCUUUUUUGCACAGGGCAUGCUUUGGAGGUUUUCUGUUUGGGGGGUUAAUGGGGUAAUGUAUGGGUUAAUAUGAGCACAUGUUUCUCUGACUAUCAACUGUAAAGUUAGCAUAGCGCUAACAUUACCAAUUUAGCUGUUUUGCAGCAAAAACGGUACAAUUGAACUUCUAUAGCUGUAACAGUACGACUGUACUUGUAUAGCUGUAAAGUUAGUACAAGGCUACGGUUAGCAUCUCUGCUACUAACUCCAUAAAUAUGAUGAGUCUUAAGAACAGUGAGCCAUUCUUUGUUUCCUCUGUAACUUUCGAAAGCAAAGUGAAUGAAGUGCUGUUGUGCUGCAUGAAUAGAAAGCCUGAUAGUUCAUCAGUAUUGACUGACUUGUCUUGGUCAUUUCUGUUGUGCAAUCUCUUGGCCAGUCAAGUCCCAGUAUCAAGUAAUUAGUUAACAUGAAAGGGGAAGACUUCUCUAAUAUAUAGGCCAAGUGGCUGGGGAAAAAUGACUAAUGUCAGCAAUAAUAAUAACAAGAAAGAAGGAAUAAAUGAAUAUGAAUAGAAUGAUUCAUAUAAAUCAUUUGUAUUGUAGGUAAUUUUGUUUUCUGUUAACUUUUUAAAUUGUCUUUUAAUGCAAUAUCAUGUAUAUUUACCAUUUGUUUUGUCUGAAGAUUUUAAUGUGAAUGCAUACACUACAGUGGGAAGUGCAGACAUUUGUCCUGGCACCAGUAUAGCAUGGCCUCGACAUGUCCUAGCAGCAGUUGAGUCUUAUUUGAAAGUGUUGCUCAAUAAAUUUGAGGGCAUUUAGCA